AAACAAAAUUACGAUUCUGUGCAGUUGCCGACUCCUUCCUUGAUCGGUCACCAUUAUCAUCAUCAUCUGCUGUAAAAAGUUUUAUCGAUUUUCUAUUUGUAUAGGGAAAAUUAUUUCAGAAACGAAACCCCUUUGGCUGGAUCGGUCGACUCUAAGAACCAUGUUCAAUUUCUGGGGAUCAAAAGAACAACAACAAGGGCAGUCUCAUCUUUCUUCAGAAACAUCUCCACAACCAUGGUAUUCACCGUCUUUGGUCACCGGGCCUAGCUCAUCCCGGCUUCAAACAUCAGGGCAGAUUCCAUCACAUGUUUCACCAGGUGAAACCGCCGGCAUUGUUGCAAUUUUAAAAGACAAAAGUGUGGAUGAGCUCAAGAACCUUCUUUCUGACAAGAAUGCAUAUCAACAGUUUCUGUACUCUCUUGACCAGGUCGCUAUUCAAAACAAUAUCAGAGAAGAGCUUCGCAAAGAAACGCUACAUCUAGCUAGAGAAAAUUUGGAGAAGGAACCAGAGAUAGUGGAGCUCAGAAACCAAUGCAGAAUAAUUCGUACAUCGGAGCUUGCAACUGCGCAAGAGAAGCUUAAUGAGCUUGAGAAUCAAAGAGAAGAGAUCCUUAAAUUCUACUCUCCAGGUUCUCUUCUUCAUAGGCUUCAAGAUGCUAUGAACAAGGUCGAUGAAGAAUCCGAGGAGCUGCAACAUAAGUUUAUGGAGAAGGAUAUUGACACAGCCGUAUUUGUGCAGAAAUACAAGAAGUUAAGAAGCAAGUAUCAUCAACGGGCUUUGACUCAUCUCGCUGCUAAAACUUCAUCAUCUUUCGGUUGAAACAAAAUAAUAUAAUUAAUGUUUUGGUGUUUUAUGUGUAACAGUGUAAGUAAACAGAAAUGGUUCAAAGUAUAAUAUCUAUAUACGAGAUCGAUGUAUCACCGGAUAAUUUUAAGCAUCAUGUAAUGCUUUCUAAUCUUCUUCUUCUUCUUCUUUA